CUAAGGAACGUAACUGGUCAACUUUUCCAAACAAGAAUUAUAAAAGUACCAGGAUUUAUCAGCGGGAUUCUGGUAGUGCCCAUAUGGAUCGGCCACCGGCAGUUUCGCCAUACGUGUCCAACGAACGGACGAUUGUACUGCUGAUUUAACCUCGAAGCUGGCCCUGCUCAACUACAGCGUAAUUACGCUGUAGUUUACGCUUUUACGCUAGAAGAAAGUUUAUAAAUUUUUGCUGCAUUUUGUCUUGUGCAUCGCAUAAAUACCGUUUGUGUUUUACCAUCUGAUACGGCAAGGUUCAGUGGUGAUCAUCCGGAAUUCUCGGGGCCAUUGCGAAAAGCCUCAAGGGUUAAUCAGGCUGGUGAUUUAGAUGGCCGGUUGCGAACGCCAUGCAGUGGUCAGAAUGGUCGGGCUGCAGUUGCACCCGCUAUAUUCGCCACGCAGGAGAGGGAUGGUUAUGGGGUCGACGCAACGCCCGCAGCCGCCAGCGAUUGCUGGAGGUUCGUGGGUUACGACCCUAUAAAAACGAGACUAUUGGCACACCUGGCCCGGGCCCACGGAUUCUGGUGAAAGGAAAAUUCUUCAGGGAGAAGUCACCCAACCAUCUAUUCGGUGUUGCCGCAGCUCGGUUUAAAAGAUUCAAAUCACGUCCGAAACUGGGGGCCAUUGUGGAAGCGGAGCCUAGCCCGAAUGCCAGCACGAUCAUCGAAAUGGGAACCGUGGGAUUGUACAGAAAAAAGAAGAAAUCAUCAGCAGCCUUGUACCGUCCGGCAGCAGCACUGUUGCUGCUGACGACGCUGGCGUUCGUCUUGCUUCACUUUGCCGCUACAUGGCUUGUGCCAAUUAAUGGAAAUAACGCGGGCGGACCGGGCCCACCACCGGUUACUUCGGCCGUGGGGGACUUCGGGCCUUCCUUUAGGCCAGUAUACGUCCCACAAUGCCCGCGAUUUUUUCUCCCGGUGGAUCUGAAGGGAAUUCGGUCCGUCUGGAUCCCCGGAAGUGGUUGCCCUGAAGUGGUUGCUAUGUUUACCGAUUUUAAAAGAAUACGUGUGCUGCCGAACGUAUCAUUUGCCUUAUAUCUGAUUGUCGGGAAUGAUGCGGGAUUCGUUUUUGUGUUUUUCCUCACAACCGUGCGAUUUGCAGUUUAAGUACUUAAUUAUUUUGCUGUGUCGACUGUUAAGCUUUGUUUCCAUUGUUUGCAGUACA